UUGCAAUUGUCUCUCUUGUGUUCAUCAUGGUUCAGUACUCUUAUGUACUUGUUCUGGAUGUUGUUGCUGGUUCAUCAUGUGUUACAACAACCAAAUGGUUGUUUUGCUUGUGUAGAGCAAGAGAAGAUUGCUCUACUUGAUAUCAAAUCAGCAUUUACUAGACAAGAAAUCAAUGCUGAUCCAUACUCUAUCUUUGAGUCAUGGAAUAAGAAUAUGGAAUGUUGUAGUUGGGAUAGAGUGCAUUGCUCACCCACCACAAAGCAUGUCAGGAGCCUAGACCUUCAUGACUCAAUUUACUCUUAUGGCUACACUCUAAACAUCUCCUUGUUCCUUCCUUUUCGGGAACUGCGAAGUCUCACUCUAUCAUACAACUACUUCAACAACUGCAUUCCCAGUAAUUCUUUUGGCAGAAUGGCAAAAUUAGACAAUCUCGAGUACUUAGAUCUCUCUGGGAAUUAUUUUGAUUUUAAAGCGCUAUCUUCUUUAGCUGCAUUAGGCUCUCUCAAGGCUCUCUCUCUACGUGACUUUUGGAUGGAAAAUGAAUUUUUUACCAAUGGUUCUCUCAAUGUUCACAAACAGAGUCAGAUGAUAAGUGAACUCUUAAUCAAUGUAGUUGUGGCUUUGUCCAAAUUGAGCAAGCUCAAAUACUUGGAUUUGUCUGGGAACUAUUUGAAUGGAACUAUUAUUCCAUAUUUGGGUGGAAUAUCAUCUCUCAAGACAUUGGAUCUUACCAAUAACAACAUGAAUGAAGGUCUUGAUCAUUUGAAUGCAUAUCAACUUUGGUCCAAUAUGAGCAAACUUGACAAUUUGUACUUGCUCGGGAACUCAUUAAAUGGAAUGAAGAUCAUUCCAUUUUUGAUAAUAGCACCAUCACUAAAAACUCUUGACCUCUCCGAUAACAACAUGGAAGGAAGUCUUUCUUUUAAAGCUUGUCAAGCUUUGUCCAAUAUGAGCAGACUUGAGAACUUGUACUUGUCCUGGAACUCAUUAAAUGAAAAAAUCAUUCCAUGCUUGGUAGGGGCAUCAUCACUCAAAAGUCUUGACCUUUUCCAAAACAAAUUGGGGGAAAGGUUUUCUUUGAAAGGCUUGGUCAAAUAUGAGUAAACUUGAGAACUUGUACUUGGACGGAAACUUAUUAAGUGAAAAAGAUUAUUCCAUGCUUGAUAGGAGCA